AUGAAGCGGAUGCAUAGUUCAAGCGGCGGUGGCGGUGGUGAAAGUGAUGUGGGAGUUGGUGAGGAUGACAGCUCUUCACCCCCAAAAUUGAGAAAAGAAUCCGCACUUACUUUGACUCGUACAGCUCCUCGUGGAUUCUUGAGAGAGUAUAGAGCCAGUUUCAUAGACGUGCAGAAGGAUGUUCUUGGCGUUCUCAACGAUCUAUCGCCAGAUCUGUAUGAAACAAUGGUGCACGAGCUAGGCAUCCAGCCGUUCAAAGCUGUACUGGUUCUUUGUGUCACUGUUGAGAAGCCCAAUGCCGCAGGUGCAAUCGUCUACGCCUCUCCAUUUUUCCGAAGCCGGCCUAUGACUGUGCUGAACGUGAGCAACAUUCCAGGUCUACUAACCGCCGCCUUCGACGGGAUCACUGCAAAGGUGGACGCUUGGGUGCAAGGUGGUUCAGGCUGGGCUGUGAGUAAUGUGAAAACUGCACAUCUUGAUAUUUGCAAGUAUCGUCCAAUGCGCAUGUCGUCGUACCUUCCUCUACCUAAAAAGUUAGCUUCGUCAAAGGCCAUCAUCAAUGUGAAGAAUGACGACGAGCAGUGUCUGAAGUGGGCUCUUCUGUCUGCCCUGCAUCCAGCUGUGCAAAAUGCAGAACGUGUGAGCAAAUAUGCGCAGUAUUCGCAGAGUCUCAACUUUGACGGUGUAGAGUUCCCUGCAACCAUAGAUGAUGUGUACAGGGUGGAGAAGGCCAACUCGCUAAACAUCAACGUGUUUGCAUUUGAAGAAAACCACAUCAUUCCCAUAAAGUUAUCAGGUAGUGACAAUGCAAUAAAUCUCCUGAUCCUGCAAGAUGAUCUCCUUAGCCAUUACUGUUGGAUAAAGGACUUAAGCGCUCUAUGUGCCAGCCAGACAAAGUCCCAACACAAGAGGUUCUUCUGCAUGCGAUGCCUCUCCGCACAUCGCAGCGAUACCACUCUGAAGAAGCAUCAACUAUACUGCAGCGAUGUGAAGGAAGCGACAGUCCAGAUGCCAAAAGCAGACGAGCAGCUCAAGUUCACGGACAUACAGCGGAAGAUGAAAAUGCCGUAUGUGAUCUAUGCCGAUACUGAGUGUCUGCUGAAAGCAACGUCUCCAGAGCGCCAUGGGAAGCAAACUGUUCGUGAAGCUGAACACGUGCCAUGCGCAGUAUCGUAUGUCGUCGUACGCUCUGAUGGUGUACUGAAGAACACUUUCAUGUUCAGAGGAGAUGAUCCGAUUGAAAAGCUUUUCGAAGAGCUGUCCAAGGAGGAAGAGCGCAUAGAGGAAGACCUGAAGAACAUACGUCCUAUCAUCAUCACGGAUGAUGGAGAGGUGCAGUUCCGCAAUGCCGCAGAGUGCUGGAUCUGUGGCAAGAAACUGAAGGGUGCUGAUCGAGUGCGCGACCACGACCACCUCACCGGACUGUACAGAGGAGCUGCACACAACGCCUGCAAUUUGAAGUUCCGCAUCGUGCCAGAGCACCAUCCCAUCCCCGUUGUAUUUCACAACCUGAAAGGGUAUGAUGGACAUCUCCUGAUAUCCAGCAUCGGCCUCACGUCCAUGAACACUGAGGAGUACAUUGACAGACAAGGACGGCGUCGAAGCAAGGUGAAGGGGCGUGUUACUGUCAUACCCAACAAUAUGGAGCGGUAUGUGUCAUUCUCGUGGGGGAGAUUCAGAUUCAUUGACAGUCUUUCCUUUCUGAACGCAUCGCUGGACAAGCUAGUGAGCAACACGCCUCGCGACUCGUUCUUUCAUCUCAAGUCCCUGGCUUCGUCGUACAGCAACAACGCCACGGGCAGCAACGUCACGGGUAGCAACGCCACGGGCAGCAGCAGCAGCAGCACCACCACCACCAGCAGCACCACCAGCAGCACCACCAGCAGCACCACCAGCAGCACCAGCAGCAGCAGCAGUGCACCAGGCUCGUCUAGCAAUACCCUGCUGGAUCUCCUGCAUCGCAAAGGUGUCUAUCCCUACGAAUACAUGAACAGCAGCGCUAGGUUUUCCGAGACUGGUCUUCCUGCAAAGGAAGACUUUUACUCACGCCUCUCAGAGUGCCACAUCAGCGAUGAGGACUACUGCCAUGCCCAGCGUGUGUGGACUGCAUUCGGCUGCAGCGACAUGGGCGACUACCAUGAUCUCUAUCUGAAGACCGAUGUGCACCUUCUUGCAGAUGUGUUUGAGAAAUUUAGAUGCACUGCAAUGGCCACGUACGAUUUGGACCCGACACACUACUACACCCUGCCUGGAUUCGCGUGGGACGCCCUUCUGAAACAUACAGGAAUUUCGCUCACUCUGCUGGACGACGUGGACAUGCAUCUGUUCGUCGAGCGCGGUCUUCGUGGCGGUGUUACAAUGGCGUCACACCGCCACGCCAGGGCGAACAACAAGUACAUGAGCUCACACGACCCUGAGCAGGCGUCAACAUAUCUUCAAUUAUUAUUAUGCUCUAUUCGCGUUAGCAUCACGGCUACAUACAACCUUCACCAGGUCCUGCCACUGAGGGCGAUCCUGGGCGAGCUGCUGCAGCCUGUUGCAGUCAUCUCCAUUAUCUAUAUAUAA